GCUCAAUCCUUGUUCCCCUUAGUUGGUUGGCAGUUCGUGUAUAUAAGAGCAAGUUUCGACUUGAAUCGUUUGGCAAGCUAGAGAACAAUAUAUCCUCGUUGACGUUCAGCGACUUCAUCAUCUUACGCACAAAACCUUUCACACAUUCUUUUUAAUUAUCAACCCCGAUCCAUUACUUGCGAUGCGAUCGUCACUGCUACUUCUUGCCUCGCUCCUUCAACACGCGAGUGCUAUGCCUCAUCUUGCUGGUAUCAAAGAGCGUACUUUAAAUAUAGCUAACAUUUCAGCUUCUGAUGUUGAGCAUCUACUUAAUCUUCAAUCAAGAAGUCUUUUUGAUUUAGAAGGUUUACUUAGUGCGAUACCUACCACUAUUGAUCUUCCGCUUGUGGCAUCUGUCGGGAGGAAACGAAUUCCGGAUGCUGAUCAUCCUUUCAUAGCCCCUGGACCCGAUGAUCAGAGAGGCGGUUGUCCGGGUAUGAACAUAAUGGCCAAUUAUGGAUAUAUUCCUCGCAAUGGUAUUGCAACCGUGGUUGACAUGAUAUCUGGAAUGGAGGAGAUGUUGGGAUUUGGGCCUGAUAUUGCAGCAGUCAUUGUAGCACUUGGUUUCAUCGCGUCUUUUGAUCUCACCACACUCACGACUUCCAUCGGACAAACAGAUUCUAGAACUGAUGGACUAUUAACUCCUUUAUUUGGGACCGCACCUGGUUUCUUUUCCAAAGAAUCUCAUAAUAAAUUUGAAGUUGAUGGAUCUAUGUCUCGUGUGGAUGGAUACUGGGCCAACGGUGAUACUAAUCAUUUCGAUAGCGAUCAUUGGAAGCAACAUAAACAACUUGCAAUUGAUAAAUACGAUGGUCUGAUGACCGCCAAGUUUUGGGGUGAAGCUCGUUUCAUGCAGUACAAUGAUUGCCGUAACAAUAACCCACAAUGUCAAUGGGCUAUAGGUCAACAAGCACAUGCUUACAUUGCAGGAGCAUUCAUUACCAAUACGAUGGCAUCAGCCGACAUUCAUGGAAACGCAGGACCACCUGAUGUAGAAUCCAUUCAAACCUUCUUUGGUAUAAUCGAACAUCCUAAUGGAACCUAUUCACAAGGUCAUGGUAAAUUACCACCUAGUAAAGAUGGAUAUUGGUAUCGUCGAGAACCUUUGACGGUUGUUGAGCAAUUGGCUACACUUACUGAGACUUUACUUGCAUACCCAGUUGAAUUUGGAAGAAAUGACGGUAAACUUGGUCAUUGGAAUGCAGAUUUAACUGAUUUGAGAAACGUAGUAGAGAACGGCGCAGCUUGUUGGAUACUUCAACAAGCAAGAGAUACUCAAGACAAUCGAUAUGAGGGAUUUCCAUUGAUUAAAGGUGCAAUCGGAAAAUUAGUUCAAAAUUUACUUGCACCUGUUUUUGAGCAACUUGCUUGUACUCCACACAGUACCACAUGACUUAGAAUUCUUUUUUAGCCGCCAUCUAUUUUCUGCUUAUUUGCUCCUUGAUUUAUUGUCUUAUCUCAGUGCAAGAUUAAUUUGAUUUUCAACUUUUUGCUUUUUGAGCUCUUUGAUCCUUUGUUUUGGCAACGAUCGGAUAUGAUGAUAUAAUAGGAUUCAGGAGUUAUAUUUAUUGGAUCUCUUUCUUUUGACCUUUUGAGACCAGGUACAAUUUAAAUAUGAAUUAUGAAAUGUACUGGUUUCUUUUCCUUUGUGUCAACAAGUCCAUCUUUGUGUGUGUGACGUGUUCAGUUCUCACUUAUCAAUAUAUAUUUUCAUUUCUCAUUUGUAAACUUUUUGUCUUGUGAAUAAAUUUCUCUUUCCUUUCUUGUUCAAGCAAUCACUGAUUUAGGUCUUCACCUUAUUCAGGUUUAGACCUGGUGUGUGGGGGGGCUGUAGGCCGGGGACUGCCUGUCCGAGAAAGGGUUUUCGUGGGCGGGGGUGGGUGGGUGGCCCAUGGAACCAUUUCCUUCAUUUGAUGAGAUCUCCAAUUUUUAUGGCCAAUUCCAUCUAUUUACUGUGCAUCUUAUUUUUCUUUGUUUUCAUCUCGAUUCAUUUCCUCAGUCUUGAAUUUAUGUAAUUCUUGUUGCUGUUGUUGUACUUGUUUUGUUUCCUGACUGACACCCAUUAUACUUCCUGUAUAUUAUCUUGCUCAUAUCUCCUGCCCCUAUCUGUAGGGCGGGUGGGACAGGUUUCAAAAUGAAAUGACUUUAUUUCUUUUUGGGAA